AUGCCCCUCCACCACUUGAUGAUCGGGACCUGGACCCCGCCGGGCGCCAUCUUCACUGUCCAAUUCGACGACGAGAAACUGGAAUUGAAGCUCAUCAAGAGGACAGAGAUUCCCCAGGAAGAGCCCAUAUCAUGGAUGACCUUCGAUCAUGCGAAGAAGAAUCUCUACGGCGCUGCCAUGAAGAAAUGGUCCAGCUUCGCCGUGAAGAGCCCAACCGAGAUCGUCCAUGAGGCAUCACAUCCCAUGGGAGGUGACCCCAAAGCGAAUGACGCCUCAACCAACACUCGCGCCAUCUUCCUCCUCGCAGCGAAGCAACCUCCAUACGCCGUCUAUGCGAAUCCCUUCUACAAACAUGCCGGCUACGGCAACGUCUUCUCCGUGUCCGAUUCGGGCGCGCUCGCCUCCAACACGCAGAACUACGAGUAUCAGCCCAACACGGGCAUCCACGGCAUGGUCUUCGACCCGACCGAGACGUACCUCUACUCGGCCGACCUGACCGCCAACAAGCUGUGGGUGCACCGCAAGACCGACAGCACAACGGGCCACCUCGAGCUCGUCGGCUCCGUCGACGCCCCCGACCCGGGCGACCACCCCCGCUGGGUCGCCAUGCACCCCUCGGGCCAGUACCUGUACGCGCUGAUGGAGGCCGGCAACCGCCUGUGCGAGUACGUGAUCGACCCGGCGACGCACAUGCCCGUCUACACGCACCACGCCUACCCGCUCAUCCCGCCCGGCAUCCCCGACCGCGACCCCGCCACCGGCAAGGGCCUCUACCGCUCGGACGUGUGCGCCCUGACGCACAGCGGGCGCCACCUGUUCGCGACGGCGCGCGCCAACAGCUUCGACCUGACGGGCUACAUCGCGGCGUUCCGGCUGGCGGACUGCGGCAGCAUCGAGCGCCAGAUCUGCCUCAACCCCACGCCGACCAGCGGCGGCCACAGCAAUGCCGUCGCGCCGUGCGACUGGAGCGACGAGUGGCUGGCCCUCACGGACGACCAGGAGGGCUGGGUGGAGAUCUAUAGGUGGAAGGACGAGUUCCUUGCGCGGGUGGCGCGGUGCAAGAUCAAGGAGCCUGGGUUCGGCAUGAAUGCGAUAUGGUACGACUGA